ACGCCGUCGGCACGUGCAGCGUGCCGACCAAUCAGAAAGCGGCAGGGUUUACAUCUGUAUGUCCGAAACAGGUUCAGUCAGUCCGCCGAGUAAGAGAGCAAGAGUGAUGGUGAAGGUCGGAAUCAACGGAUUCGGACGUAUUGGACGUCUGGUGAUGCGCGCUGCACUCGAAAGAGGUGGCGUGGAAGUCGUCGGUGUCAACGACCCGUUUCUCGACGUCGACUACAUGGCCUAUCUUUUCCACUAUGAUUCGACGCAUGGUCGAUUCAAGGGAGAAGUGAAGAGCGAUGGUGGCAAACUGAUCAUCAAUGGUCAGUCGAUCGCCGUAUAUGCUGUGAAAAAUCCUGCGGAGAUUCCAUGGAAAGAGUGUGGAGCUGAUUUUGUGGUGGAAUCAACUGGUGUGUUUACGACCAUUGAGAAAGCAAAGGCUCAUAUCACUGGUGGAGCAAAGAAAGUUGUCAUCUCAGCUCCAUCAGCAGAUGCACCAAUGUUUGUGAUGGGUGUCAAUGAAGACAAAUAUGAUAAGAACACCAUGGAUAUUGUCAGUAACGCUUCUUGCACGACCAACUGCCUUGCUCCGUUGGCCAAGAUUAUCAAUGACACGUUUGGCAUUGAGGAAGGUCUCAUGACGACUGUACAUGCCUACACAGCAACUCAGAAAACAGUCGAUGGCCCAAGCGGAAAGAAAUGGCGUGAUGGCCGUGGUGCACACCAGAACGUCAUUCCUGCAUCUACCGGUGCUGCUAAGGCUGUUGGGAAGGUGAUUCCUGAGCUCAAUGGGAAGCUGACAGGAAUGGCUUUCCGUGUGCCUGUUGCCGAUGUUAGCGUUGUUGAUCUAACUGUGAGACUGAAGAAGGGAGCAACAUACGAUGAAAUCAAGUCGACGGUGAAGGCUGCAAGUGAAAGUGGCCGCAUGAAAGGAAUUAUGGGAUACACAGACGAACAAGUUGUAUCAUCUGAUUUCAUAGGAGAUGAACGAUCAUCGAUCUUCGAUGCUGGAGCUGGCAUUGCACUCAAUGAAAAGUUCGUCAAGCUUGUAACAUGGUACGACAAUGAGUAUGGCUACAGCUGCCGUGUGGUGGAUUUCAUCAAGCACAUGGCUUUGAAAUAGACUGAUUGAAUCAUCAACUGACCUCCAUGGAUAGUAGUGAUCCUUACCCAAUGCUGCAAUAAUUGUCUGUCGUUUAAGGAACAAAUGUAAUGCAAAUGUGAUUGCAAUUGA